AUGAAUUUCUCGAAAUUCCACGAGCUUUCCGAGGAGCUACAAUCUAUAAUCUUGAAGUGUUGUGAGCGAAGAGACUUGUCAAGAUUAUCACAAACAUCGCGCAAUAUCUCUCAUCGGACUACCUCUGAUGAAUUGAUCGACUUAAGAGGCUUUACGUAUAUAUCUCCGCAACACAAAGACAAUGCGAUGCGACAGAACGCAUUCAUCGAUACGAUUCUCAGAUUGCCCACGUUAGGGAAUUUCGUUUCGAGUUUGACUUGGACCAUCUAUCCGAGGCAGUCUUUUCAUGAAGAUCGAUGCAUGGAUCACACGAGAAUGUGGGAGGCGUGGAAGUUGCUAGUUCGAGUUAGAAGACUAGACAUUUAUUCAUUUUCUGCUGACUGGAAUGACUUUGUUUAUUUUCCCGCACAACCGGUUUACGAAGAUUUUCUCCGACCUUCAGCAAUUAUACCGCCAGCGGUAUUCCCCGAAGCUACUGUUAUUCGAAUAGGUGGUCUUAUGCCCUAUAAUUAUUUUCGCGCUUGUGUUUCGACACCUUCUGUUGUAGCUUCUUUGGAGAUGGAAAAUCUUCAAGGCCUCUUACAACCAAGAGAUGGCUGUCUUCUUUUUGCUCAUGCUGUAGAUUUCCAGAACAUUGAUAGGGAUUUCUGGAUACGCCAUACAAAAUACGAAGAGACUGAGGAUGAGAACGGAAUUCCUAUAUUGAGACACUGUGGCCAAAUGAGAGGGCAUCUACAGCCUCUUCUGGGAAAAUUCGUGCAAUUGAAACAUCUUAAGAUAUCCACAGUGGGUCGUGAGCUUGAUCAAGAUGUGAGAUGGUCAGAGGCAAGAGAGGAAAAACGAUAUUCCGAAAUGGCAAACUUCAUCAAAUCGGUAGCAUCAACGCUGAUUACAUUUGAUUUUGAACAAGGAGUGGGCCUUGAACCCCUCAAAUUAUGGCAAAUACAGGCGCGUGAUAUCAGAUCUUUAAUGAGGCAAUCGGGAAGGCCAAUGGAUGAUUACUUUUUUGACUUUAUACUUCCAGCAUUGUUAGGAGCAACUUGGCCCCAACUCAGGAGACUUUAUAUCCGAGGUGUUGGUGGAAGGAUCAUGCCUGAAACAAGACGCAUGUUUAGACAUGUGAAAUUCACACGUGAGACACCUGAUAUACUGGAGUUUGCUAUGCAUCAGUUGCGUUCGGCCAUGAGCAAUAGUGUCGAGUUCACUUUGGAGAGGGACACUCAGAGGGUAUUUCAAAUGAGGGGUCCAAUUACCUAUUGGACAAAAUAUCCAGUCGGCCAAUGA